UUGGCGCUGUAAUCGACCUAACCGACAUACUUUUCACGCUCUUUUGUUUAUUUGCCAAGUUUUGCCGGGAAAACGCAAGAAAAUGUCGCAGAAAAGUGAUUUAGCGCAGGUAAAUGCCCUCCAGAGUACCACGAAGAUUGCCGCAUGGCUGGCCAAACUCUACAGAACAAUAAAGGAGAAGAAAUCAUCAAAGCAGAGCACGGAUAAUGAGGAGAAGACACUGAUGAGCGCUUGUGUGUCUGAGAAUUACACAGUGGGGCUCCUUGGGUGCCACAUCCUGGCCAAAGCAGCUGAAGAAGACACCCUCUCUGUCCCUCAAGUACGAACCGUUCUGCUAUCGCUGCUUCCGAAUGCAGAAGGAGCCCGUUUUGCAGCCAUUUCCGGCGCUCUGUGCGAAGUUGCUGUGACAGAGUUCCGGAAGCAAUGCAAAUCCGCGCAGGGAAAGUACACCUGCCCCUAUGGCCUACAGCAUCCAGAGCAUCCGUUCAUUGCAAUUCUGAACGCCAAGAAGGGACACGGACAGGAAAUUGCCGUCAUUGUGAAGGAACUCUUCAAUCAUCAAGAUAAGGACAUUUGCAAUGCUAGUACUGAAUUCCUGAGGCCUGUCUUCCUGUACGUCGUCAAAAACAUUGAGAUCAUCCCCAGUGCACGUACACUGUGGUCACUCCUGAUUCAGCAAUCCGUUAAAUCUGAUCAUGGCAGUGAUCUCUUCUUUGACUGCCUCAUGUGGGUGAGUUGUCAGAAUUCAACCCUCCUAACGAAUAUCCUCCUCAAUGAUGCCCUGGAAGCAAUGGCGCCAAAGAAAAAGCCAAAAAAUACCCUCAAAGUCCUUUUGAAGCUGUUGGUGAGCCUGCUGAAUCAGCUGAAGCUGGGCCUAGAUCCACGAAUGAGCUUUUCCUUAAUUAUGCGUGCGCUGCAGAGUGACCUGAAUACCAAUAAUCUACCUCAUGGAUUGAUUUUACUCAUCUGCAUUGACCUUCUCGAUGACAUUCCACCCAUCUACGUCGGGGAUCUCCUGACGGUGGUUCGACAUCUCGUACUCAAUUGUCCACUUAGGAGUUUCCUCAUUCAUCGAAUGCUGCUGGAUUCAUUGAUUCUCUGGUCUGUUGAAGAGACGACAAUAUCAGAUGGUGCGAAGCAGGAUAUAAAGCUACUAAAGGAGCAUGUUGAGAAGCAGAAAGUCCUUGAAAAGGAUUACAUUUUUAAUUCCCUUGAUGUGUCAUUGGAAGACAGAAUGGUGGGACUUUACGUCGAUAUCGAGGGAAUUCGUUCAUACUUGGAUGAGAUGUUGAAUGAUAUAGAAUUGAUAGGUCUGGGGGUUUUGGAGGAAUUAGUCGCCAUCAAGGAGCCAACAAUCAGGAGGCUUCUCUGCAAAAUGAUGAAGGGUAUGUUGUUGAGUCAUGACGUGGUUCCAGUAGAAAGAUUGGCAAAAAUUACGCCGUUUCUUUCGAAAAUUCUGCAAGGAAAUGAAGAUAUGGCCUUGAAGUUCCUCACAACGUUUCAAUAUGAGAUUGAACGGGUGAACGGGAGUUUGUUGAAGCUUGAACUUCUCCGGGGAGUCAUUGAGUGUGGGCAUCACAGGUCAAAUAUUCAGGCAAUUCUCACCCUUCUGCGCAACUUUGGUGAAAAGAAUAAGGACUUUGAAGGAGAUGUUCUGAAGCUUUACCUGAGACUUUGGCAAAUUGAUGGGCGUACCUAUCAGUACCUGUAUGAUCAAAUAUCGCAGGGACGUAGAAACUCCAGCCGACAAGUCAAUCUCGUUCGCGUUGAGGUGAUAAAGACAAUUUGCGAGAAGAGUCCAACACAACAUGGAGCCGAUCUUGUGGCCCAUCUUUCGGAUGUACUUAAUCAAUCAUCUAGUCCAACGGAUGACGGUGCCGUCAUCUGCAUUGUCAUGGAGACAAUAAUUUUGCUGUGCGAGAGUCACACUGUGAGCAUUGUGGGCAUCUGGAAGGCUCUUGGAUUUGCCUUUCGCUACGAGAAACGUCCAAAAGUACUUAUGAGCCUCUGCAAGUUCUUCGGUGAAUUCCCAAAGUAUACAAAUGCAACACCGGAAUACAACAACAUGGCGAAGGAGAUUUAUCAGAGACUCUGGACGUAUGCUCUGACGUCCAAAUUCCCGGAAGUUCAGAAGGAGGCCUUUGAAGCUCUGGGAAUGUUUCCACUUGACAUGAUAACGCUUAAGGAAAUUCCAGAGCAAUUUCGGGAGAAUCUCAAAUUGCCAAAAUCCAAACUUGGCCCUGAUGUUGAUGUCCUGGAUACGCUGACUUACAUCCCGGGGGAAUGUUGGCUGCAGCUUCUCAUGAAGGUGGACAAUGCAUCAAAGGACUUUGCUGGUGAUCUCAUAGCAGCCCACAUUCGACGGGAAAUUCAGGAAUAUCGUGGAAGUGUCUACAACGUACCACCUGGCAAGGGAGAACCGGAAGAUCUGUCCUACCUCCCGCCAAAGAGUAUUCUCAAACCGAUUGUAAAGUUCAUCCACCAGCAAGCUGCUGUUCGUAGCCAUGAGGCAAGUGAUGACUUCCAUCUCAUUCACUGCAUGAGGAUUCUUUCGAAGAAAUUCCCAAAACCCAUUCCACCCGUUAACUGGUCCUGCCUCCAUGAAGUCUUCCAUCGUAGACGUGAAAUCCGUCAAUACUGCGUAUCCGUGGCCAUAAGUCAGAGCGUUAUUUCGGGAACGGCUAAACGUUUCCUCUGCAACUACCUCGAGAAAUUCACACCGUCAUUCGUUGGUGAAGAUUGCGAUGAAGACGUUGAGAUCACAGCAGCCUUUGACAAGCUUCCAACUCUCUUGAACACCGUUGAUCCACUUCUGGUGCGAAAAUACAUUAAACGAUGCUUCAAAAGCAACUACGAAACCACUUAUCCAGCUUUUGAACGUUUUCUUGGGGCAAAAAUGAAGGAGAUAGCCGAUGAUCUGACAGAGCAACAUCUUGCACUCCUUGUUGAACCAAUCUUGGAUGCUUUGGAGGCAUGUCGUGCGGAGUUAAAUGAAUCAGUCACUGAGGUGUUCUGUGACAUUUUCCGUCCAUUCAAGAGGAAGCAUUUGUCCUUCUGGGUUGAUUUUGCUUCAAGGCAACAUGAAGCCUUCAAGAGGAGUAUCUGUUGGAAGCUAGCGCAAGACUUCAAGGAUAUUAAGAUGUUGGAUCCAAUCAUAAAACACAUUUCCGAUCCUACCUCUGGCUAUGAUGGUUCCACCCAAUGGGAGAAUGUAGUUGAUCUUGUAUGUGAUAUGCGGCCGCUGUUUGAAGCUUUCAAAGAUAAUCCAGAGAAAUGCCUCAACUGGUGCCUGGACUUACUUGCUGAUAUGCAGUUUUCAAUGGAGCACGGACUUUUGCAUGAUUUUCAAUGCUAUGCAGACGUCUUUAUAAGAGCUAUCACUCUUAUUUCGGGAUAUGAUGUUAUUCAGUAUGAAAUUUAUGAUGACGGCACCAGAUCCAACUACGAAGCUUUCCCACAUGCCCUCUUGGUGCUGUCAGAGAUGAAAGAUUGGAAGGAUCAGUGUGGUCAAAUCUUUGACUUUCUCUACGAAUUCCUGAACAACGAUCUUAUUCAUGAGAAAGAUUUCUGCGAUUGGAAAAUCUUCAAGAAGGCCAUUAUAUACUCCAAGGAUCUCCCAUAUUUCAGCAACAAAGCCACCUGGGCUAAGAUUAUGAUGAAGAUCAAGUGCCUAUAAUCUACUUUUCAUUUCCUGUUUUUUCUAUAAAACUUUUGAAAUUAAAUUAUGUGAUGAAAUAAAUUUGAAUUUCUUUAAAAAA